AUGUCACCGCCUUCACUCCCUCACUCAUCUCCUCCUACCGACGCCCUGAACAAAGUAGCCAAGCAGCUCCUCGCCCGUCUUCACGAAGACAACGCCGACUCCGACUCCCCCAGUCCCCGCUUGCGCUCUAGCCGACUGUUCAAUAAACUCACCGGCAAAGACUACCUCCCCACCCCUCGCAAGGAAAUCAAGAAACCCCUUCAACUGCUCGACCUUCCCCUCGAUAUUCUCAAAGACAUCGUCAAAGAAGUCACCCACACAAACGACCUCACUUCCCUCGCCCUCUGCCACUCCGCCCUCCACCGCCUCGCCAUUCCGCACAUCUACUCCCGAUUCGACAUCGUGUGGCCCGAUAGCAUCACCCACGCCGAGCCGAGGAGUGGAGUCGAUGCGCUAACGUAUGGACUCGCGACGCUGGUUAUGGCGGAGGAGAUCUUUGGGGAGUCGCCGAGUCAACGGCGGGAAGAGGCGGUGAGGCACAAGGGAAAUCGUUUCAGUGUGAGUGGCAGGGGUGUCGCGACGGAGACGGCGAUACGGAGGAGAAGAGGGAACCACUACGCGCAGUUCACGAAGAAGUUCUCCCUGGGCAAUGGACCCGUGGAUUGGGUGCAAGAGUAUCUGAUUACGAAGGAGGGAGGCAAGAUGCUGGGAACACUGGUUGCAUUAGCGCUGGCGAGGAUGCGAGCGUUGGAAACGUUCAUCUGGGAUAUGCCGACAGGGAUAUUGAGGGAUGUCUGGUUGGCACUGGCGUCUUUGGGAGAACGGGACGAUGGGCGAUCGUGUCGAUUGGAGAAAGUGUGGGUACGAUGGCACGACAAUUCGUCUAUCGAUCCGACAGAUCAAAUCCCGCGCCCACCGCCCUUGGUGUUGUCCCAGUUACCCCCCGCAGCAGGGAUGGCGGCUGCGCAUCUGCGUCCUCCGCAUCCGACAUCUCUGGACCGGGUCGAGCAUCCAUCCUUCUCGGUUCUGCCGGCAUUGAAGAGUCUGAGUGUGUUGGACAUCGACGAGCUGGCCUACCUCGACGAAAUGGCGGUGCUCAUUGGCAGGUCGAUUGAUAAGCUUCGCGAAUUGCGGUUGGGAAUCGCCAGGCAUGCGCUGGGUCAGAAAUGGGUCACAGUGUGGGAAGGCGACCAAGUAACGCAGGUCGAUCCGGUGUAUCCAACUGCUGGCUCGGUCACAAUUGGGGAGAAGAGACUGGGUGGUGUUCUUGGAGUGUUGACUGGCUUUGUCUGCGAUGCAAAGAAGCCGAAAUUUGCAUUACCGGACCGGACGAGGCGGAAGAACAGCAGAAAUGUGGCUUCGGCGACGUCUGCUGGUGAUGCUGGUGCUGAGGAUGGCGCGGGUGCUUCACAGGCUGUGCAAGAUCCCGCGUUGACCACAGCGCUGCCUUUGUCGCCGACAGGAGCAGAAGAACCUUUGGCAGUUGACGAGGAAUCGACAGGAACAAGUCCAACUGAGGUCACCUCACAAGACUUCGCCUUCAACGCACUAUUAGGUAUCCCACCUCCCACAGACAGCGAGCAACCGCCACGACUAGCUCACAAACUCAAACUGGAAACUCUCGAGCUCGAACGCGUUCCCAUUUCCGUCCCAGUCCUCCAACUCGCCCUCGACUGGACGCACCUCACCUCCCUCACCCUCCUCCACUGUCCCAACCACGAACAACUCUGGAAGACUCUCCGACGGCAGUACGCUCCCACACCGAAGUCGCCCACAUACCCUCAGCCUCGCCGAACGCCAAACAAUACCCCUCGCAAAGGCAAAGCCACCGCCACAUCCAACCCGUCAUGUCCUCCCUCCGAUCUCAUUUUCCCCCUCCGCCUCAAGAAAGUCCACACCAACACCGUAUCCGCCGCUCUGGUCACCUUCCUCAAAGAAACGCUUGCGCCGAAUUCUCUCGAAACCCUCUUCCUCCAAGAGACUCGCUCAUACGCCUCCUCCGUCUCCAUCGAGGCGAUCCACAAGGGUCCCCUCCGGCGUCACCGUGGAAGCCUGACCCGAUUGCUGAUCGACUCGUCCACGGAGAAGGAUGUCCCGCCUGGAAUUGGUGGUCAAGCCGCUACGCCUUCGACGUCGACCCGAUACCGUCGCUGGCUUCUAAACCGGGAAGUUCUUUCAUUCGUUAUGAGCGGCAAGAUGCCUGCUUUACGGGAACUGGGCGUAUGCAUCGAGUAUCGCGAUUGGCAUUUCUUCCUGCAACAUCUCCCACGCGUCAAGGGAUUGAGGAGUUUGUACCUCCCUGUGGUGGCGGAUUAUGGCAAUAGUACGCACACGGGAUUACAGGGUACAGGACCGGCAAGCUUAGAUGCGAGGGAACUGGCGUUGCAAGUUGUCGACAUCGUGACGUUGAGAGGCGAAUGCGAAGUUUGCUACGUCGGCAUUGAAGGCAAGUGUUUUGAAAUCCUGGAGAUGAAGCGCGGGGCAGGCGACUCGGACGGAGCGCCAAUGGCUCUCGACGGCUCUUCUGGACAGACGGAGAGUGACGAUGAGGUGGAGGAGGACGAACACGAUGACGAUGAUGAUGAAGAUCUUGACGACGACGAUGACGAGGCGAGUGAGGUGGAGAGUGAGGAUGCGGAGGGGAAGGAUGAUGGAUUGGGGCGGUUGAGGUUGAGGGAGAUUCUGUUCUAUGACGAUAAGGUCGCUGUGUUUAAGGCGAGGCAUGGGAGGCUAUAG